AGCAUCACGUCCGGCUUCCCCUGGAAGAAGGAAACGGCAGCGGCUUCUUCCCCGAGACAAGCUGAGGACACGAAGGGACGACCGGCCGCCGCAGCUGGACACCGCUCCCUCACGAGCAGGCCACAGUUAGAGCUUUUACUCAGGAGUGAAGACCUUCGAUCGGGUGCAUCUAUGGUCCAGCUAACCGUGCGGCGAGAUUCACAUCUUACAGUUUACACAAGUGGCCUCAACGCUGCACAGUAGUUCACUGAAGGAGUUCCACGUCUGACCACAAAGCCUGAUCCAACACGCUUCAUAGGUGAACCAUGGCUGAACCCAACGCUGCCCGUCCCCACAGGAAGAUGUCCACAGCUGGGGAGAGUGUGUACAAAGUGCUGGGCCUGGAGAAGGGAGCGAGCGCCGAGGACAUCAAGAAAGCCUACAGAAAACUAGCGCUGAAGUACCAUCCUGACAAGAACCCCGAGAACCCAGAGGCCGCAGAGAAGUUCAAGGAGAUCAACAACGCCAACUCCAUACUGAACGAUGAGACCAAGAGGAAGAUUUACGACGAGUACGGCUCCAUGGGCCUGUACGUGUCCGAGCAGUUCGGCGAGGAGAGCGUCAAGUACUACUUCCUCAUGUCCAAGUGGUGGUUCAAGGGCCUGGUGUUGUGUUGUACACUGUUCACCUGCUGCUGCUGCUGCUGCUGCUGCUGCUUCUGCUGUGGCAGGUGUAAACCCCCCGACGACGACAACUACCAGUACGUGGACCCUGAAGACCUGGAGGCCCAGAUCAAAGCAGAGCAGGAUGGAGGGAGCACAGUAAUCAUAGGCCAGCCCACAGCCAGUGUGGCUCCACAGAGCCCCGAGGGCCAGAGUCAGCCCAUUCCCAUGCCGAUGCCCAUGCCUCCGCCCGAGCCCCAGUCUCUGACCUCACCUGGUGCAGCGGGGGAGGAAAACCCCGGGGAGACUUUACCAGAGUCUAAGUGACUCGGCGGUGACAGAGGGGGAGGAGCCUCAGUCUGCAGGAGCAGCCACCUUCACCAUCCAGCCACAUCCGACUGCUGCCAGCCUUCAACCAGCCCACGACCACCCAGUGUACUGAGCCUCUAACCUGCUCUGUCUCACCUCCGGACACGUCUCCACAGGUGGACGAUCGUUGUCCCUCCACUGGACGCGAGCCGUGGAAAUGAAACCACUAAUUCCAGAGGCCUGUUGUGUCUGGACGUGUGUGGCUGCUGUUUAAAGACUCGCCUCCAUCUU